GCCCGCGUUUCACUCGCGCGAGGGUUUGAUUCGAGGCUUCUUGGUGCGAGCGUAGAGAUCGAGAGCAGCAACGGAAGCUACCGCUUUGGGGUCAAUCUGCUCCAGCCGCUUGAGCUCAGCUGUGCCGUCCUUGUCAUGCGCGACCGCCGGACUGAAGCCAUCUCCAGCGAUGGAAUGGGGAGCGGAGAAUGUACCGCUGCGUGGUCACCAUGUCGUCCAUGUCCCAACUGCCAGAGGGUCCUCUUGGACUUUACGAUCCUGCAUUGGACAAGGAUUCGUGUGGGGUGGGUUUUGUUGCCGAGCUUUCAGCCAAGCCGAGCCGCCAGACUGUCACUGAUGCUCUGGAGAUGCUUGUAAGAAUGGCACAUCGUGGUGCUUGUGGCUGUGAAACUAACACUGGUGAUGGUGCAGGCGUUCUUUUGGCACUCCCCCAUGACUUCUUUGCAUCGAUCGCCAAAGACGAGAUCGGAUGUGAACUUCCCCCUCCAUCCGAGUACGCCGUCGGCAUGUUUUUUCUUCCCACUUCCGAGACGAGGCGGAUGGAAAGCAAAAACGUGUUUAACAAGGUCGCAGAGUCUCUUGGACACACGGUUCUUGGCUGGCGAAGUGUUGUGACCGACAACUCGGAUCUGGGGAAAUCGGCUCUUGCGACUGAGCCCGUUGUGGAGCAAGUGUUUUUGACGGGCAGCUCCAGGUCGUCCGCCAGCUUAGAACAGCAGAUGUAUAUUUUGCGCAAGCUGUCCAUGGUUGCCAUUCGAGCUGCUCUUAAUCUCCAGCAUGGUGCUGUUCGUGAUUUCUACAUCUGUUCCCUUUCAUCGAGAACUGUUGUUUACAAGGGGCAGCUCAAACCAGACCAGCUCAAGAAAUACUACGCGUCCGAUCUUUGUCACGACAAAUUUACAAGCUAUAUGGCUUUGGUGCAUUCAAGAUUUUCAACAAACACAUUUCCUAGCUGGGAUCGGGCGCAACCAAUGAGAGUUCUUGGUCACAAUGGAGAAAUCAAUACUCUUCGAGGAAAUGUCAAUUGGAUGCGAGCUCGGGAAGGCCUUUUGAAAUGCAGAGCGCUUGACCUUUCAAAUGACGAACUCCAGAAACUGCUUCCUAUUGUUGACGCUAGCUCCUCCGACUCCGGUUCAUUUGAUGGUGUGUUGGAGUUUCUUGUACGCUCUGGUCGAAGUCUUCCGGAGGCAAUGAUGAUGAUGAUACCGGAAGCAUGGCAGAAUGACAAGAAUAUGGAUCCAGAAAGAAGAGCUCUGUACGAGUACUUUUCUGCUUUGAUGGAACCUUGGGAUGGACCUGCGCUUAUUGCUUUCUCGGACGGUCGUUAUCUUGGUGCAACUCUGGAUCGAAAUGGACUUCGACCAGGGCGUUACUACAUCACUCAUAGUGGCCGCGUGAUCAUGGGCAGUGAGGUCGGCGUAGUCGAUGUGCCACCCCAGGAUGUAAGCAAAAAAGGUCGCUUAAAUCCGGGUAUGAUGCUUCUCGUGGAUUUUGAGAACCAUGCCGUUGUGGACGACGACGCCCUUAAGAAAGAGUAUUCUACGCGUCAACCAUAUGCUGAGUGGCUCCAACAUCAGAAAAUUUUGCUCAAGGACAUCGUGGACUCUGUUUCAGAAGACUGCACAUCUCCACGAAUUAUUGGAACUCUGCAGCCUAAAAAGACGGAUGCAACGAGGGACAACAUGGGGAUUCAUGGAUUGGUACCACCGCUCAAAGCUUUUGGGUACACUGUUGAAGCGCUCGAGAUGCUGUUACUUCCAAUGGCCAAAGAUGGUGUGGAGGCCCUUGGCUCGAUGGGAAAUGACGCACCGUUGGCCGUUAUGACCGAUCGGCCAAAGCUCAGCUUCGAGUACUUCAAGCAGAUGUUUGCUCAAGUUACAAAUCCGCCGAUAGAUCCUAUCCGUGAAGCUAUCGUCACAUCGACAGAGUGCAUGAUCGGACCGGAGGGUGAUUUGACGGAGUCGACAGAAGAGCAAUUCCACCGGCUCUCUCUGAAGGGACCGCUCAUAUCACCUUUGGAAAUGGAAGCGCUGAAGAAGAUGAACUACCAGGGUUGGCGGAGCAAAAUAAUUGACAUCACGUUUCCACGAGAGGAAGGACCUACUGGUCUGGAGAAAGCUCUGGACAGAAUAUGUGUGGAAGCCAGGAAAGCCAUAUCGAAGGGGUUCAAAAUGCUGGUUCUUUCGGACAGAGGAACCUCUCCUGAACGAGUUCCAGUGAGCUCUUUAUUGGCUGUUGGAACUGUUCAUCACCAUCUCGUCUCAACUCUUGAGCGUACGCGCAUUGGUUUAGUGGUGGAAUCUGGUGAGCCUAGGGAGGUACAUCACUUCUGCACACUCCUAGGAUUUGGAGCAGACGCGAUAUGUCCCUACCUGGCCGUUGAAGCUAUCUGGAGGUUACAGGUAGAUGGCAAAAUACCAUCUAAGGAGAAUGGAGUCCUAAGUUCUAAAGACGAGCUGGUCCAGAAGUACUUCAAAGCUUCGAAUUCGGGUAUUCUCAAGGUCCUUGCCAAGAUGGGCAUUUCAACCUUGGCAUCGUACAAAGGAGCUCAAAUCUUCGAAGCCCUUGGCCUCUCUUCGGACGUAGUGCAGAGGUGCUUCAGAGGUACACCAAGCAGGGUGGAGGGUGCUACGUUUGAGAUGCUUGCAAAGGAUUCGCUUCGAUUGCAUGAGCUGGCGUUUCCCUCUCGCAAGCUGCCACCGGGAAGUGCUGAAGCUCAUGCUCUGCCAAAUCCCGGAGACUAUCACUGGAGGAAAGAUGGCGAGAUUCAUCUGAAUGACCCGCUAGCGAUGGCAAAGUUACAGGAAGCUGCUCGGACUAACAGCGUUGGAGCCUACAAGGACUACUCGAAGCGGAUUUACGAACUGAACAAAAAAUGCAGCCUGCGUGGGAUGUUGAAGUUCAAAGCUUCUAAAACUCCGGUUGCAUUAGAGGAGGUGGAGCCUGCCAGCGAAAUCGUGAAGCGUUUCUGUACUGGUGCUAUGAGUUACGGCUCUAUUUCCUUGGAGGCUCACACAACUUUGGCGAUGGCAAUGAACCAAAUCGGAGGAAAAUCUAAUACUGGUGAGGGAGGUGAAAAUCCUUCUCGACUGGAGGCGUUGCCUAACGGCCAGAUGAACCCGAAAAGAAGUGCUAUCAAGCAAGUCGCCAGUGGAAGAUUUGGAGUCACCAGUUAUUAUCUUACGAAUGCUGAUGAACUUCAAAUCAAAAUGGCUCAGGGAGCAAAACCUGGAGAGGGAGGUGAGCUUCCGGGGCACAAGGUUAUAGGAGACAUUGCGACAACAAGAAACUCUACAUCGGGCGUUGGUUUGAUAAGUCCUCCACCACAUCAUGAUAUCUAUUCGAUUGAAGACCUUGCUCAGCUUAUUUAUGAUCUGAAGAAUUCGAAUCCAGGUGCUCGUAUCAGCGUGAAGCUAGUUUCUGAAGCCGGUAUUGGUGUAGUGGCCAGCGGGGUCGUGAAAGGCCAUGCAGACCACGUCCUGAUUUCGGGCCAUGAAGGGGGUACCGGUGCGUCGCGCUGGACUGGCAUAAAAAAUGCAGGCUUGCCGUGGGAGCUUGGUCUUGCAGAGACUCAUCAGACGCUAGUUGCAAAUGAUCUUCGAGGACGGACCACAUUGCAAACUGAUGGACAGCUGAAAACUGGACGGGACAUUGUGAUAGCUGCUCUGCUUGGAGCGGAAGAAUUUGGAUUCAGCACUGCUCCAUUGAUUACGUUGGGCUGCAUCAUGAUGAGGAAGUGCCACUAGAACACUUGUCCCGUGGGAAUCGCUACUCAAGACCCGGUACUACGGGAAAUGUUUGCCGGAGAACCCGAAGACGUGAUCAACUUUUUCUUCAUGGUAGCGGAGGAAGCUCGUGAACUUAUGGCCGAAAUGGGAUUCAGGACGAUGGACGAAAUGGUUGGACGGGCUGACAUGCUAGAGGUGUACAAGUCCGUCACAGCAAGCAACGAGAAGCUGAAAAACAUCGAUCUGUCGCUUCUUCUUCGACCUGCGGCUGAUAUUCGACCCGACGCUGCUCAACGCUGCGUGCAGAAGCAGGAUCACAAUCUCGGCA